GUGGAAGAACGCUCAUUGCAGCACAACGCCUCCGCCGAUGCCUGAAGAUACAGGACUGUCACUAAUGAUUUCCUAUUUCUGACUAUUCACAUCCAUCUCACGUCACUUGUCAGCAAUUCGCACAUUUUCAGCGUAAACAUCUACUACGAGAGUCAUUUCUGCAACAAGUUGAAGAUGGAAGAGCACGAAGCGUCCGUAGCUUCCAUCGCUGCUACGGUCCGGCAUUUUCACGAUGAGAAGAUCCCAUUCAGGAUCUACCAUGGCUCAACGAAUAGCACCCGCCAAACCACCUUCCAGCGUGACAAAAUCAUCGAUACCAGCAGCCUCAAUCGCGUGCUGAACGUGGAUAUGAAAGCCAAGACGGUGCUAGUGGAGCCAAAUGUCCCGAUGGAUUUGUUGGUCGAUGCCACUAUGGAAUGCGGACUUUUACCACCCGUAGUCAUGGAAUUCCCGGGCAUCACGGCAGGCGGUGGGUUCGUUGGCACCGCAGGAGAGAGCAGCUCGUUCAAACACGGAUUCUUCGACCGCACCGUCAAUCGGAUCGAGAUGGUGCUUGCUAACGGGGAAGUGGUGCGCGCUUCGAAGAAAGUGAAAGGAGAUCUAUUCCACGGCUCCGCGGGUUCUUUCGGCACGCUGGGUGUCCUGACAAUGCUCGAAAUCCAAUGUAUUGACGCGAAACCGUACGUGGAGCUGGUCUAUCACCCCGUGUCCAGCCCCGCCGAGUCAGUCCAAAAGACGCAAGAAGUGACAAAAGAUCCCAAGAACGAUUACGUUGACGGCAUACUCUUUGGUCCUACCAAUGGGGCCAUUAUCACCGGUCGGCUUACCAGCAAGCUACAUCCAGGGACGAAGUUGCAGAAGUUCUCCCGCCCUUUGGACCCGUGGUUCUACAUUCAUGCCGAAAGCAUGGUGUCCUCGACGACGAGGACAGACAUUGUGCCAAUAAGAGACUACUUGUUCCGGUAUGACCGAGGAGCAUUCUGGACGGGUCGGUACGCCUUCUCGUACUUUCUUACGCCCUUCAAUUGGGUCACGAGGGCCCUUCUCGAUCAUUUCAUGCACACAAGGGUCAUGUAUCACGCCCUCCACGCCAGCGGACACAUGAAGCAAUACAUCAUCCAAGAUCUCGCCCUACCCGUCGCCCACGCCGAGGAGUUCAUCAACUGGGUGAACGCGAAGUUCGGGUUCUUCCCCAUUUGGUUAUGCCCACUGCGUCAGGACUUCGAGGCCUCCAUGGGGCAUCCGGGCGCUUUGAUCCAACAUAAUACCGAACGCGGCUCCUCGGGGUUGCUAAACGUCGGAGUUUGGGGCCCCGGGCCUACGAACCCUUCCACGUUCACGAGCAUCAAUCGAGACCUGGAGGCAAAGCUUCGCGAACUGGGUGGCAUCAAGUGGCUAUAUGCGCAGGCGUUCUACACCGAGGAGGAGUUUUGGAGCAUCUAUGACCGGAAGCCGUACGACGCUUUACGAGAGAAAUACGGCGCAUCUGGUCUACCAACCGUCUACGACAAGGUUAAAGUGCGAAAAGAAGUGGAAGAAGGAACUGGAUUGAAAGCGCAACUACGUAGACGCAUCAGGGAGACACCGUUCCUCAGUGGGCUGUAUGGCGUCUACAAAGCCAUUUUCGGAAAAGAUUACCUUUUGGCGAGAACUUCCGGGGAUAGUGUAGGCUUGGUGUCGAUUGGGUUCAUCUUGUUGCUAUUGACACUCUUAGUGGGCUUCCUGGUGGUGUGAAAGAGGCUCUCACGCGGUAGUAGCAGUCUCCUUCACUUUCAAUACCGUAGCUGAAUUUAGUGGUUUCUGCGGCUCUUUUUGACACUUGCUUGACACUGUCUGAGGUGCCCACCUGGCGAGUUACUGAGUGGCCAAGAUGCAUGUCUGAAAAGUCUGAUUUACGGGUCUCAGGAAUUACACCCUCAUGCGACAGUGACAGCUCACUCCGCUCUAAACGCUCUUGCUAAAUCAUAUGUUUUCUACAGCUCUUUUUAAUACUUGCCUGACGAUGUCUGAGGUGCCCCAGCGUGGUAAA